GGCUAUUGGAUCUUUCGCUAUUGGUUGGAUCUUUUGAUAGAUCAGCCUUAUACAUGUCUUCUUUCCUUCCAGAACUAGCCAAAGCCCAAAACCACAUCGAUAACCUUAUUACGUUCAUCCCAGAUUGUACUUUGAGAGUAUGGAUGCGACAUUGUACCUCGCAGCAAGGGAUGGAGAUUCAGGAACUCUUAUUGAUCUUGCUAAUGGGAACCUGGACAUUCUUCGGUCUAUGGCUCCACAAGGCAACAAUAUCCUUCACAUUACAGCCAGUGCUGCGAUAGAAGAAGACAAAUACAUUGAUUUUGUGAGGGAGACCAUGUGCCGGUGCCCGUCCCUCAUUGAUCAAGCAAAUGACCAUGGCGACACUCCUCUACAUUGCGCUGCAAGGACCGGUAAGGUCGGCAUAUUCAACCUUCUGAUGGGUCAGGUAGACUGUACCAGCCUAAGGAGAAUAAAUAACAUGGGAAACACUGUCCUGAUUGAGGCCAUAACGAACCGUCGUAAAGAGGUUGUGAAGAAGUUACUGGAAAUAGACCAUUCCAUCAAUGACUCUGCUCAGUUGGAAGAAAUGAAGGUGUUGAUAAGGAUGACAGACAACGACAGUCAAAAUGCACUUCACCAUGCAGCUCGCCAAAACGACAAUGAGUCCAUUGCUAGGCAGCUACUCGACAUCGAACCUUUACUAGCCUAUGUUUUAAACAAUGACGGAGACUCGCCUCUUCAUAUCGCCGCCACUUUUGGCUCUGCAGACACAUUUGAAUUGCUAGUAAAAAAAUCUCCGGAUGCCAUCGAGCAGCUUGAUCAGAGUGGAAGGAACGCCUUUCAAAUAUCUGCCAUGAGUGGCUGGUGUGAUCCGAUUGCUUGGACAUGGAGGUCUUCCCCACAGCUUCAUAGUGCAAUUAAGGAAGCCGAUAAAAAAUAUGGAAAUUCACUUCUCCAUCUUGCAGUGAUACACCACAAUAUUAAAUUGGCUGCACUCCUAGUGAGGCAUGAAAUGGUGGAUUUGGAAAUGGAAAAUAAGGAUGGUUACACUGCUUUAGACCUUGUUGAGUUAAGACAAGAGGAUGAAAUUCAGGUAUUUGGAGGGGGAAGUCCAAAGCUCCGCAUAUCUUGCUUCCUAAUAAAAGCCCUCAAAACUUGCAAAGCUUAA